GAAGUGACGUCAAGGAUCCAGUAACAACACGUGUUGUGGCUGCAGACCGCGUCUCUAAAGCCAGAAGGUUGAACAUUGCAGGCGCAAUUCACGCGAGUAACAGAAUAAGCAGAAUUUGUUUUAAAAAAUGACCAAAGCGAAAAAGGAGAAGGUGGAGGAGGAGAGCGGCAGCACGGAGAACACGUAUCAGGACCUCAUCGCCAAUAUCAACGCCAUUGCCCAGCCGCUGGCGUCUCGGAAGCUCACGAAGAAACUGUACAAGUGCGUCAAGAAGGCCUCCAAGCAGAAGCAGAUCCGUAGAGGGGUGAAGGAGGUCCAGAAGUUCAUCAACAAGGGGGAGAAGGGGAUUGUGGUGUUGGCCGGGGACACACUGCCUAUCGAUGUGUACUGUCACAUCCCUGUCAUGUGUGAGGACCGCAGCCUGCCCUACGCCUACGUCCCUUCUAAAGUGGAUCUGGGCACCUCAGCUGGCUCCAAGCGCCCGACCUGUGUGAUAAUGAUCAAGCCCCACGAGGACUACCAGGAGGCCUAUGAUGAGUGCCUGGAGGAGGUGACCUCUCUUCCUGCGCCUCUCUGACCGCGCCACACCCCUCAGUAGCCUGCCCGGGACACGCCCUGCCCCCCCCACCCUUCCCCUAGCUGUUGCGAUUCGGUCCGGGUUCUCUCUGUGAGAACAGUGGCUUGUACACAGAGAGCACAGCUGUGGCACAACACCAAGCACGCGAAGGAGCAGACCCCAACACCGCAGCGCUGCCCUGUGUGCUUUUCACGGGGCCUGACAAGGACGCUCUUGAGGAGUGCGGAAAGCCAGUCCGUUCGCGUUAUCACCAGUCUUAUAAAAUUCCUGUCCCCUGCGUGUGGCUGGCUGGUGGUGAACAGCAGCAACAUCUCCCACCUCUUUCUGUCCCCUUUUCCUUCUCCAUUCCGGGCGGGACGCCUGUCUGUGCCUGUCUUGGUGCAGCCGGGUGCAGGGCUCCAUUCCCGGGCUGGAAUCCAGGCAUGAAGCUCCUUCGGGAUUCAAGUUCUGUAACUGGACACUCAGAGCAAUAGGAACUUCAGCACCCUUCUGCCCCCUGCUGGCCGCUAUGAGGAGCUGCGGCUCUGCCCCCCUGUAUGUGUGUUCAUGAGCAAGUGUUGGACAGCAUUUAACCGUUUCCUUACUUUUUUAAAAUUCCUUCCUGCACAAUAAAGAUCCAGUGUUUAGUCUUUG